AUGAACGAGCUCCCUUCAACAAACAGCAAAGAAUAUUCAAAAACUAUUAGAUACGAAUCAUAUGAACUAAUAAAAAAUUCAAGAAGGCUCCGAUCUAAUAUAAUAACGCUUCUUAAGGUCAGUCCAGCAAUGGAAUAUCCUAGAGAAACCAGCAGAUUCUCAGGCUUAGGAACAAACCAAAGAAUUCUUAUAGAAAUUUCCCAUAGAUGGCGCUGUUUGCCCUUGAUCUGCCCACUGGGGUAAUUUUUUGGUUCGACCAGUCCUAUAUGGUUUGGUCAAAUCAAAUAAAUUUUUUCAUGGGCAAGUCAAGGGCAAACAGCGCCAUCUAUGGGAAAUUUCUAUACGUCAAAAACGAUAAGUCUUGAUUUAAACUCAGUGCCUAGAUCGGGACCUAUAAAAUUGCAUCAUCCAAUUUUCAAUUCGCAAGCAGUCCGUAAUCUUACUCUAAGACGCAAAAACCCUGAGCAGGCAUCAUCAUUUUUUAAUAGAAGCUACAGCAUAAACGCAAGAAAGCGAAGAGAUGCACCAAUGAUUGUAGAAAGUAUUGAAAACACUUCCAAAAGCAUGAUUCUUCCUGAUAAUCUCAGUCCAAUACUUUCUCCGAAAUCAAUAUGCCAGAUGCCUAAGUCAAAAUUGAAGCUAAGAGUGCAUGUUCCCUUUCCUCAAUAUCACUCAUUAUCGCCAGAUUAUAAAUCUUAA